AUGGAAGACAGAGCAGAGCCUGAGGCGAUAAGCGUUUACGCACACAACACCUACCUGCUGCCGAGCGUGAUGGUGGCGGUGACGUCGGCCAACAAGUCCUGCACCAACCAGCACGUGCGCGCGGCCUGCAUCGGGGAGGAGGCGGGCCGGCACGACGUGGUGGCCCUACAGGAGGUGUGGGGCAGCCAGGUGGACAAGCUCGACACCGCCCUCCGCCCCACCCACAACAUCGCGGACGGGUGCCAGAGCGUGGGGUCGUGGGGCUUCGGCCUCGGCAUCCCCUCCGUCAUCGACACCCUCCGCUUCACCUACAACUGCAACGGCGGCCUCUGCGUGAGCGAGACGAAGUCGAAGAAGGGUGUGACAGCGGCUCUGCUGGACAUGAGCUACCGCUGGGGACAGGGACGCCACCUGCUCUUCCUCAACACCCACCUCGAUCCGAUGAAUCCGGACUCCAAGAUCGCUCAGUUUCUUGUGAGCUUCUGCGCGGAGAUCAGUGACCAGGUCGAGUUGCAGAAGAUGGCGGUCAUGCUGGUGGGCGACUUCAACAUCGCCUCCACUGACAGGGCUUACCGCACGGUCAAGAAGAUACUCGGAGCUCGGGACCUCUACGCGGAGUAUGCCCAGAGGGCAAGCGCCGAUGAAGAGGAGCACUACACCUACGACUGCCAGGAGAACUCGCUGGUGAUGUGGCAAGAGCGUGGGCGCAUCGACUACGGCUGGGCGCUCGACGGCCUGGAGGAGGAAGACGUGAGCUUCAUGCCACUCGCCGUCGACAGCGUUGAGCUGACCAAGCAGGAGCGCGGCGCCGAGUGGUCGGACCACUGGGCGCAGGUGUUCCGCGUUCGCCCGAAGUGA